CGCUGAGCUCGCCGGAGGAGGCCGUCGGGGGGGCGGGCCCGGUGACGUCCCAAGGGGCGGGGGGCGGCGCGCUGGCUCCGCGCCCUCCCCGCCUCCUUCGGGUGCCGGCUCCGUGGGUCCUCGGGAGAUGCUGCCGCCGCCGCCUUUGCGGUUUCCGUGCACGCAGCUGCGGGUCCCUCCGCUCCACCGCCGAGGCGCCGCGGCGUCCGAGGGCGCACCCGAGCCGAGCCAUGCAGCCGGGAGCCGCGCUGCAAGCCAUGCUGUUGGCCGCGCUGCUGGCGGGGCCCCGGGGCGCCACCGGUCGCCUACUAAGCGCCUCGGACUUGGACCUCAGAGGAGGGCAGCCGGUCUGCCGGGGAGGGACACAGAAGCCUUGCUAUAAAGUCAUUUACUUCCACGACGCUUCUCGAAGACUGAACUUUGAGGAAGCCAAGGCAGCCUGCAGGAGGGAUGGAGGCCAGCUGGUGAGCAUCGAGUCUGAGGAUGAGCAGAGACUGAUAGAAAAGUUCAUUGAAAACCUCCUGGCGUCUGACGGCGAUUUCUGGAUCGGGCUCAGGAGGCGUGAGGAGAAACAGAGCAAUGGCACAGCCUGCCAGGACCUUUAUGCUUGGACCGAUGGCAGCACGUCAACAUUCAGGAACUGGUACGUGGAUGAGCCUUCUUGCGGCAGCGAGGUCUGCGUGGUCAUGUACCAUCAGCCAUCGGCACCUGCUGGCAUCGGGGGCCGCUACAUGUUCCAGUGGAAUGACGACCAAUGCAACAUGAAGAACAAUUUCAUUUGCAAAUAUUCUGAUGAGAAGCCAACAGCUCCUUCUACAAAGCCUGGAGGUGAAGGAACAGAGCCAGCAACACCCAUGCUUCCAGAAGACACAGGGAAAGAAGAUGCCAGAGAGACUUUUAAAGGAAACAAAGAAGCUGCCUUAAAUCUUGCUUACAUUCUAAUCCCCAGCAUCAUCCUUCUCCUUGUGGUCAUCACCGUUGUGUGUUGGGUUUGGAUCUAUAGAAGGAGGAAAGGGGGGCAGCCAGGCCCCAGCACGAAGGAGCAGCACACCAUCUGGCCCUCUCCUCAUGCGGGGAACAGCCCAGACCUAGAGGUUUACAACAUCAUUCGAAAACAAAGUGAAGCCGAUUUGGCUGAGACCCGGCCAGACCUGAAGAACAUUUCAUUCCGAGUGUGUUCGGGAGAAGCCACUCCCGAUGACCUGUCUUGUGACUAUGACAACGUGGCCGUGAACCCAUCCGAAAGUGGAUUCGUGACUCUGGCGAGCGUGGAGAGUGGCUUUGUGACCAAUGACAUUUACGAGUUCUCCUCAGACCGAACGGGGAGGAGCAAGGAGUCUGGAUGGGUGGAAAAUGAAAUAUAUGGUUAUUAGGGCACGUGAAAAACACUUGAACAAAUGGAAAUGGGAACGAAAAGAGGAGCAAAACUCUCCUAUUUUCUGUGAGGAAAAGAGAAUGUGUAUGAAGAUGCUCCGUUCAGGUCUUGGGGGUAAGCAUGUGACCCCCAUUAGCCCCUGUUGGAUCCCCAAGUUUGGCCAAAUCCCCAACCCCAGCUCCUCACCCAGAUCAGCCUUAUGAGAAAGCACCUUGCCCACGGUCAGGCACAUAGUAGAAAAGAAAUGUCAGUCGACUGGUUCUAUCUGACUUUCAAGGGAGAGUGACUUCCCUGGCAGGGAUAAGUUUGAGGCUGUGGGACUUGGGAAAGCCAUCUCUGGGUUCUGGUUUUCUCGCUCUGCUCUGUAUAUAUAUAUAUGUGUGU